AUGUCAUUUGAUUGGUUGAAUGUACCAGGGUUAGAUAUUUCCAAUGAUUCACAGGCCUCUGUAUCAAGUUCAUCACCGCCUCCAGCGGUGUCAUUCAGUUUCACUACAGCAGACAGACCUCAGGAACCCAGUAAUCUGCAACAACCGCAAAGUCAACAAUCACUGAGGGGACGUGAGGGCAAUAAACUUACUGUUUCAGGAUCUACAAGUAAUUUUCAGGAUUCGCAAUCGAAGUCGCACACAAUAGACGGAGCUCUUCACUCCCAUUCAGAAUCGGAUAUUGCCUCGUCGUAUGUCGAAACUGCUCAGGAGUUACAGGUACCGCUAGCAGUUCCAGAAUUCCAACUCACUCCUGAUGAACGAAAAGCUUACUUGCGAUGGUUUAGAGACCUAAGUUCCAGGAUUCAUUCGCGACCAAUAACGUUGGACGAUGUGUUUAACUUUCUAGCCAACUUCAGGAUUGACGACACGAUUAAAGAAAGGAUUACACACAUAUUCAGAACAUGUAGAUACGCUGUAAAUGAAGAGCAGUUUUAUGCCAUCAUUAGACUAGUUGCUCAUGGAUUACAGCAGCAUUUCCUACCUACCCGAAGCAUGAUUCCCGAAAAGGCACCUGUGUUAAGACCAAAAUCCAUCUUAUCUGCUAAUGCUGGUCAAGAAGUAUAUGAGGAGGUGGAAGAAGACCCAAACAACGCUACUGAUAAAAAGGUAGACUUUGAUGGAUUUGCAUCUUUGCUCUUAACAGGGAAAGCAAUACAAAAGAAUAUCAGAAGGAGAAUCAUGAAACGUAGAGAUCAGAUUAAGAAGGUCCGAUUCUCCAAGAAUCUGGUUACAUUCGCAAACGAUUUAUCUACCAAGGCAAUGAGCAGCAUCUCGAGGUCUGGCAAACCUGCUGUCACUGCACCUGAUAACGCAGCGUCUACUGAGUCUAGCCCUAGUGAUGAUUCAACUUUGGACCUAUCACUACCGAUGGAACAAUUGCUAGCAAAAUUAUCUUCAAGAAAUCGAAAUAACAGUGCUUUAGUGAAGGAAUUACCCUCGGAUACUCAGCCUGAGACACAAGAAGAAAGAGAAGUAUUAGAAGAUAUGAAGGACUCAUUGAGCCAUUUCAGACAGAUCCAAAAAGUUGAUAGUGUCACACAGCUCCCUAACAACAUGUCUUCAUAUGAAUCUUCUAAUUCUUCAGGGAGAGAGCAGGCUCUUGAACCACUAAAACCAACAGCAACUGGAUCUGCAAACUACUUGUUCAGACAGACUGUCCCUCCCUCUCACAAUAUAGAUGCUAACAAAAACGACAACCAUAUCCUGGAACCACUAAAACCUACUGCGACUGGAUCAGCAAACGAGAUUUUCAAGAAUAUAUUCAGAAGGAGCAAACCUGCGGAGCAUUUGCCACAGCAGGGGCGUACUGCACCAUUCGUGCCUCCACAAAGAAAGGUACAGUUCACCGAGGCGAUGAAACCAACAUCCACAGGCUCAGCAAACUAUUUAAUGAAGCAGCAAUUUCAAGAUCUUCAAGAAUUUCAGCCGUUCCAAUCGGCUCUACCAUCUCAGCAACAACAGCAACAGCAGUAUCUCAGUCCACGACCAUCGAUUAAUGCUUUUCAGCCUCCAAAUCAAGGCCAGUUUUUGCAGCCCAAUGCAGGUGGAUUGGUUACAUCACCUCAACCUCAACUCUCAUCCCAUUCCAAUCUAUCAUCUGACGGAUAUUUCAGCUCACUCAUAACCCCUUCACCACCAAUGAUGCCCACAUCGUCUCCUCAACCUCAGAACAUAUCGAACGGCGUGAAUUUAUCCGCAGCAUACCAGCAGCAUAUUCCAGAGUGUGGCUCUAACCUCAAUUAUCAAGUGCGACCAAAUGCUGUCAGUCCACGACCAGCACGUUCCCAGUCAGACAACAUUUUAGAUGAUUUAAAGGCAUUGCAGCAGCAAGUGGAUCAAUUGAAUCAAACAUACUCAUACGAUGGGAGACGUUAA